AUGGAGCGGCUUUCGGGGCAUAUUUUGCCGACUUUGGAGCCGGAUGAUAUCGAAGAGGAACCGGGUCCCAAGGAUCUUGUUUUGGCGAAGAAGUUCGACAAGAUCGGAUCUUUGCGCGAGGGCUCGAACGUCAGUUUUUACAUUGCACCCUACGUUGACCCAAUCAUGACAGCCUACCCAAAGUACAAAGCAGCUAGGGUUUAG